UACACCACCACCUUCUCUCUCUAUUCCCACCAGUGUCCAGCCUCACUACAAUCCCUACUCCUCUCCUCAAAACCUGACGCCAUCGUGCUUAGCAGCCUUUGCCGUAUCAUAUCAUACACCUUUAUAUCGACCAUUAGUGGGAGUGCCGCAAUUCCGCCGCCCAUCAACCACCACAACCACUACUUUGCGGAAUACGAAGUAGCAACAUUACCUGGAUCUACACUGCUUCAUAUACUCCCGUUAUAGAAUCAAAUUGGUCAAAAUGCACGCUCGAGACGCCACUGGCCGUCAGGUCUCCCUUCUCAACGACGAACCCGCCGUACAAUCCAUUCCUCAGCGCCCCAGUUACCAUGCAGCUAGCCAGGUCAUCUCACAACCUUUUCACCCAGCGCCGCGCAGCAACUCCUCUUCACCUCACACCCCCGAACUCCUUCGUUCAGACUCGUACGACUCCAACGCGAGCAGUGAUCCCCUUUCGCCCAUGACUCCUACCUCUUAUGAACCGAGCAGAGCCAGCGCAUUUCCUGGACAGCCCAUCUACGACGAGUACGACAUGCCCUCGAAGCGCCCUGCCUACGCGAAUAGCAGCCGUGCAAACUCAUACGAAGACGACAGCUCAGCGACAUCACCUUUGCCCGAACGCCCUGGAAAGAGAUACCCUUGCCGUUACCGUGACAGCCAUGGCUGCGAAAAGACUUUCACCACCUCUGGACACGCGUCACGUCAUUCCAAGAUCCAUACCGCUGAGAAGGCGGUGCAGUGUACAUUUCAUGGCUGCCAAAAGAAGUUCACUAGAGCCGACAACAUGAAGCAGCAUCUCGAGACUCACUACAAGGAUAAGUCCCGUUCCACUGCCUCUGCCAAGGCCACUGCUCGCUCCUCGCUGGGCGGACUCUCAUCUUCGGGUCGCCGAUCUUCAUCUUCUUCCGCCAGAGUUGCCGCCAGCACCCGUGCUCCUCGCGAUCAACCCAUGUGGGAAGGGGAGUCCCCUUACGGAUACCCUCCUGGCCAGGCACCGCUCCCGUCUCCCGCUGCCACCGGCGCAUGGGAUAUGCGUGGUCUGAACCUGCCCCUGCUCAACCGCCCCAGUGCAGUGAGGACACCCAGCAGCGGUCUGGACGCAUUGGCCAUGGCUGUUGCAUGUCAAGAGGGAAGCGCGUAAGAAAGUCUCGACAAGACUCAACACGACUCGACCGGGUCCAACUCAGCCCGUAUCUUACGCACACUUGCUACACGAAAAUCCAAUGGAGGCCAACACAGCUCAUCUCGAUCUUCCCCCGUCUGUGGGGCGCCGCGCUUAAUAUCCUUACCUUUUAUCUUGCUCCUGCGCGAGGGGCGGAUGCGAGAGGGCUUAGAGGGUCACUGUUUGAGCAUUUAUUUGACGAUACCUUCCAUGCCGGAACCGAUGCGAGUGCUUCCGUGAUUUUCUCUACUUUUCUCCUACUCAUCUGGGCCUCGGGAAUAGAAGGUCGCAACGCAUACGAAUGGCGUACCUGCACAUACACGACGUGGACUCUCGGAGGCAAAAAAAGGAAUGGCGUUUAUUUUUAUCUUUUUCGAAGGCUUGUUACCCCGGGGCGGAAAUCGUUCUUAUUCGGCGUUGUUUUUCUCGCGGUCUCGUACACAUACCCGAAUCCUCGAUUCAACCAGUUACUCGAGGGGCAGACGCAUUACUGCGAAUGUUUGUUUAUGGGGUGGGAAGGGAAACUUUGGGGAGAGAAGUCAGGAUACAUACACACGAACACUAUCCAAGGACAGAUGGAUGAAGACUUGCCUUUGCGGCAAGCAAGGGACUGAUCAGGGCGGGCGGUUCUCAUGUAACGACGUGGUCAUGCCAUAGCGGACGACUCCUCGUACAAACGUUGUUGGAUACGGUUGAAAUGACCAAGAGGUAUCCACCAAUUGUCGAAAUCACACAUAUUCCUAUUUCAGUCCGCUAUUUGGCGAACAAAAAUACAAAAAGCCACUUCUCAUCGAAUACUUUUG